AUGCCCUGCGUCACUCAGUUCGUGGUUUCAGGGCUUUUGGCCGCCACACUGGUCAAUGGACAAUCAUUUGACGGAUCUGGUCGAAGCGAAGAUGCCUUCGGCUAUGUACAACCCAAGAACACAACUAUUCUGGGCCCUUAUGGACACUCACCUGCUGUCCUUCCCUCACCAAAUGCUACCGGAUCAGGCGAUUGGGAGAAAGCCUACGCCAAAGCCCAGAAUUUUGUGGCCAAGCUGACGGUCGAUGAGAAGGCCGACAUGGUUACCGGCCAGCCAGGUCCGUGUGUGGGAAAUAUCGUCGCUAUCCCGCGACUCGACUUCCCAGGCCUUUGCUUGCAGGACGGCCCCCUGUCAAUUCGAGUCGCCGACUAUGCUAGCGUCUUCGCUGCCGGUGUCACCGUGGCAUCCACGUGGGACAGAUCUCUCCUCUAUGAACGAGGGUAUGCUAUGGGAAAAGAGUUCAAAGCUAAAGGCGCCCACAUUGCACUCAGCCCCGUUGCUGGUCCGCUCGGCCGCUCUGCCUAUGCAGGCCGAAACUGGGAAGGCUUUGCUGCGGAUCCUUAUUUGACCGGCGUUGCUAUGGAGGAGACUAUCCGUGGCCACCAAGACGCUGGCGUGCAAGCUACUGCUAAGCACUUUAUCGGCAACGAACAGGAAACUCAGCGCAACCCUACUUACGACACGAAUGGAACCGUCACGGAUGUUAUUCAAGAAGCACUUUCCUCUAACAUUGAUGACCGCACCAUGCACGAGUUGUACCUUUGGCCUUUUGCCAAUGCUGUUCGCGCCCAGGCUGCCAGCUUCAUGUGCUCAUACCAACGUCUGAAUGGUUCUUAUGCUUGUGAGAACUCCAAGGCGCUCAACGGCCUGCUAAAGGAAGAGCUUGGCUUCCAGGGAUACGUCAUGUCUGACUGGGGUGGCACUCACUCCGGUGUUGCCUCUAUUGAGGGAGGUCUCGACAUGAAUAUGCCCGGUGGUCUUGGACCCUACGGCACGGUUCCCGAAGCCGGCUCUUUCUUCGGCAAGAACGUGACUUAUGCUGUCAAUAAUGGCACUGUGGAUGAAUCUCGGGUCGAUGACAUGAUCGUCCGCAUCAUGACCCCUUACUACUGGCUCGGCCAGGAUAAGAACUAUCCCAAGGUUGACCCUUCAUCCGCCGACUUGAAUACGUUCUCGCCUCGGUCAACUUGGCUCCGCGAGUUCAACCUCACUGGGGAGCGAAGCCGUGAUGUCCGCGGAAACCACGCCAAGCUGAUCCGUAAGCUUGCAGCUGAGGCUACUGUCUUGUUGAAGAACGAGAAGCAGGUUCUUCCGUUGAAGGCCCCUAAGAACAUCGCCAUCUUUGGCAACGACGCGGGCGAGAACACUAUGGGUGCUGUCAAUCAGGCAACCUUCGAAUUCGGAAACUUGGCAUCUGGUGGUGGCUCGGGUACCGGCCGAUUUACCUAUCUCGUCUCCCCACUCGAGGCUAUCAAGACUCGCGCUAAGAAAGACAACGCUCUCGUCCAAUACUUCUUAAACAACACCCAGAUUGCGACCGGGAGCGUCACCGACCUCUGGGUUCCUACCACUCCCGACGUGUGCCUUGUCUUCCUCAAGACCUGGGCCGAAGAAGGGGCCGACCGCGAGAGCCUGACAGUCGACUAUGACGGCAACAAAGUCGUCGCGUCCGUCGCCAAGUCGUGUAACAAUACAGUCGUGAUUACCCAUUCCUCCGGAAUCAACAUUCUCCCUUUCGCCAACCACCCCAACGUCACUGCCAUCCUCGCCGCACAUUACCCAGGCCAGGAAGCCGGUAACUCCAUCGUGGACGUCCUCUAUGGUGACAUCAAUCCCUCUGGCCAUCUUCCCUACACAAUCGCCAAGAACAAUACCGAUUACAAUGCCCCACCCACCACCGAGGUGUCCACCAAGGGCCCGGACGACUGGCAAUCUUGGUUUGACGAGAAGCUCGAGAUCGACUACCGUCACUUCGACGCUCAGGACAUCUCCGUACAAUACGAAUUUGGCUUCGGUCUCUCAUACACGACUUUCAACCUCUCCAACCUCACUACUAAGCCUGUGGCUGAUUCCAUCCCCUCUAUUCCUGAAGAGCAGCCCGUCCAGCCUGGCGGAAAUCCCGCUCUCUGGGCGACACUCUACAACAUCACCGUCUCAGUUACCAACUCUGGUGAUGUCGAGGGUGCAGCUGUUCCCCAGUUGUACGUUACCUUCCCGGAUAGUACGCCUGAGGGAACACCACCUAAGCAGCUGCGCGGUUUCGAGAAGGUCUCUUUGGCUCCCGGCGAGUCCCGCACCGUUGAAUUUGAGUUGAUGCGUAGAGAUCUGAGUUAUUGGGAUAUUGUUUCUCAGAAGUGGCUCAUUCCUGAGGGUGAAUUUAUUAUGCGGGUUGGAUUCAGUAGUAGGGAUUUGAAGGAGGUUGCUAAAGUUACUCCUGUUCGUGCUUAA